ACGUGAGAGAAGACUAUCCGGGUCUUUCCUUCUCUUAAUACGAAACGACUAGUGUCACUUUACACAUAUUUUAUUUACCUCUACUCCUUUAUCUAUGCAACUAACGACGAGUAUAAGAUACUUAUACUCUUUGGCAACUAGUCGGGGGAAACUGCCGUUACACCUAUUAUCUAUAUUACAAUCAUUUUUUUGAAUCUUGAUAAAUCUACUAUUACGAUCGCCUAAGGUUAUCGAAUUAAUUACUCCGAUAUCAGCGUAAUAAAUACAACCAACAUGUCAAUUCAAGAGAAAUUUGAAAAAGCUGCUCAAGAAGUAAAAGAAUUAGCAUCGCAACCAUCAGAUGAAGAUUUGUUAAUACUUUACGGUUCAUUUAAACAAGCUACGAUUGGAGAUUGUCAUACUGAUAAACCAGGUUAUUUCAGCCUUAAAGAAAAAGCGAAAUGGGAUGCGUGGAACGCAAAAAAAGGAAUGUCUAAAGAGGAUGCCCAGAAAGAUUACAUAAAAAAAGUAGCUCAAUUAGUAGAGUCUAUUGGAAAAAAGUGAUUUUAAUGGUUUAAUUAUAAUGUUAUCAAUUAUCAUUAUAAUUAAACACAACAAUCACAACUAACAAAUUAGAUUUCAAAUAGAAUCACAAGAAAACGCGCAAAUAUAAAAAUAUAAAUAUUUAAGUGCUGUUACUUAUAGCAUAAAAACUACUUAUACAUUUUUACACUUCAUCUACUGUGCAAUUAUUUGAAAGUUUAAAUAUAUCACAUAUAACAAUUGUUCUUUCUACAAUUAUUAGCUUCGUUAUUUUUGUAACAAUUUUACAGUUUCGCCAGGUACUAGCUUUUUUAAAGGAAUUGAUGUAUAAAUAAAUCAACCAUUAUUAGAUCAUGAA